CGGCCGCCGGGCUGGGUGCGGGUGUCAUGGCGGCGGCCGCGGGCGGGGCGGGCGCCGAGCGGCUCGGGGGCCUCGUCCGGGACGCGGCGGGCGGGCAGCAGGACGGCCCCGCCGCCGAGGUGGCGGCAGGGGUGAAAGACGGAAGCUGGACUGUGCUGCAGCUCGUGGAGGCGCUGGGGUCCUGCUUGGAGAACGCGGAUCCUCGGACGCGAGCGCGAGGCAUCCAGCUGCUGUCACAGGUCCUGCUCGAGUGUCGCUCCCUGCUCCAGGAGAAGGAGGUGCUGCACCUGGUCCUGUUCUAUGAGAACCGGCUGCAAGACCAUCACCUCGUGAUCCCCUCGGUGCUCCAGGGACUCCGUGCGCUGAGCAUGUGUGAGGUACUAGCCCCAGGGCUAGCAGUAUCCGUGCUCAAAGCCAUCUUCCAGGAGGUGCACGUGCAGUCCCUGCUGCAGCUGGACCGCCACACAGUCUACAGCAUCAUCACCAACUUCAUGGUCACCAGGGAGGAAGAGCUGAAGGGCCUGGGUGCUGACUUCACCUUUGGCUUCAUCCAGGUGAUGGAUGGGGAGAAGGAUCCCCGCAACCUGCUGGUGGCCUUCCAGAUCGUGCGCGAUCUCAUUGCCAAGAACUAUGCCCUGGGUCCCUUUGUGGAGGAGCUGUUUGAAGUGACGUCCUGCUACUUCCCCAUUGAUUUUACUCCACCCCCCAACGACCCUCAUGGCAUCCAGAGAGAAGACCUGAUCCUAAGCCUUCGGGCUGUCCUGGCCUCCACGCCCCAGUUUGCUGAGUUCCUGCUCCCUCUGCUCAUCGAGAAGAUGGACUCAGACCUGCAAAGUGCCAAGCUCGACUCCCUGCAGACUCUGACUGCCUGUUGUGCCAUCUACGGGCAGAAGGAGCUGCAGGAAUUCCUCCCCAGCCUCUGGUCAUCCCUGCGCAGGGAGGUGUUCCAGACAGCCAGCGAGAAGGUUGAGGCAGAGUGCCUGACCGCGCUGCACGCCCUCUCCGCCUGCCUCUCCCGCUCCGUGCUCAGCUCAGACGCCGAGGACCUCCUGGACUCCUUCCUUAGCAGCAUCCUGCAAGAUUGCAGGCACCAUCUGUGCGAGCCCGACAUGAAGCUGGUGUGGCCGAGUGCCAAACUCCUGCAGGCAGCAGCGGGCGCCUCCCUCCGCACCUACCACCGCCUCACCCACAGCGUGCUGCCCCUGCUGCUGGAGCAGUACACCAAGCACUCGCAGAGCAGCCAGAGGAGGACAAUCUUGGAAAUGCUGCUGGGCUUCCUGGAGCUGCAGCAGAAGUGGGGACGUGUGGAAGAAGAUGAGAGUGCGCUGCUGUCCCUCCGAGCCCCAGUUUGCUCCGUGGUGUUCUCAGCGUUGACGGACCCCAGUGUGCAGCUGCAGCUGGUUGGGAUCAGGGCGCUGACCGUCCUGGGCUCCCUGCAAGGCUUCCUGUCUCCCUCUGACCUGGAGCUGGUUGUGGAUCACCUCAUCCGGCUCGCUCUGCACGAGGAGGAUUCCCAGAGCAGCGAAGCAGCGAUGGAGGCAGCUGGAUCUCUGGCCCCCAUCUACCCAGAGGUUUUCUCCGGGCGCAUGGUGCCCAGGCUCGGGGAGGAGCUGCGGUCAGAGCGGGACGAGGAGAGAUCCCUGGACCUCCGCUCUCUGCGGCAGCGCUGCCUGCAGGCCCUGGCAGCUGUGUCCACACACACCAGCAUCGUGAGGGAGACCGUCCCCGUCCUGCUGCAGCAUCUCCGGCAGGUGCAGAAAGGGAGCGAGGCCGGCAGCGCCCGAGAGGUGGUCUCCGCGUGCCAGAGCCUGCACCGCGUGGCCCUGCAGUGCCAGCAGGACGCGGAGGGCUGCUGGUACUUCCACCAGGCGGCGGUGCCCUGUCUGCUGGCCACGGCCGUGCUGGCUGCCAUGCAAGGUAGGCGCGGCGCUGGAGCCCCGGCGGGGACGGCGGCGGCUCCCUGGGGCCCUGCAGAGCGCUGCUGCUGCCGCCCGCCGGCAGGCGCGGGCACUGCGGGCCCUGCUGCCCCCUGCCAGAGGCAGAGCUGCGGUGGGCAGCGCCACGUCCCUUUCCUCCUGCCGUCUGCAGAGAGCGCCCACCCGCUCCUGGGCAAGGCGCUGCUGGAGGAGGACGUGCUGGCUGCCAUGGUCCCCGUGAUCAGCGCUGCCACCACCCACCUCAGCCCUGAGCUGGCUGCCCAGAGCGUGUCUCACGUGGUGCCCCUCUUCCUGGAUGGAGAGGUUUCCUUCCUGCCCCAGAACAGUUUCCCUUGCUCCUUCCAGCCCUUUGCGGAGGGGGAGUGCUUGGAGGCACAGAGACGCCUGGUCGCCCUCCUCAUGGCCUUCGUUUGCUCCUUGCCUCGCAACGUGGCAAUCCCUCAGCAGGAACGGUUGCUCCGGGAGCUGCUGGCGCUGAGCUGCUCCUGCAACUGCCCCUUCACGGCCACCACGGCCGCCAAGUGCUUCGCGGGGCUGGUGAACAAGCACCCAGCGGGGCAGCAGCUGGAUGAGAUCCUGCAGCUUGCAGUGAACAGGAUGGAGCCUGGCCUUGCAGAGGGGCCCCGCCGAGUGCAGGCGCUCACCCUGCUGCUCUGGGUGACCAAAGCCCUGGUGCUGCGCUACCACCCCCUGAGCUCCCACCUGACGGACAAGCUGCUGGGCCUGCUGGGCGACGUGGAGCUGGGCCCCGCUGCGGCCGAUGGCUUCUCCCUGCUCAUGGCCGAGUCCCCGGACGUGCUGCACAAGGGCUGCCACGCCGACGUGCGCAUCAUGUUCCGCCAGCGCUUCUUCACUGACAACGUGCCCAAGCUGGUGCAGGGCUUCCACGGGGCUGGCCCCGACGUGAAGGCCAACUACCUGAAGGGGCUGUCCCACGUGCUCAACCACCUUCCCAAGCCCGUGCUGGUGACAGAGCUACCCACGCUGCUUUCCCUCCUGCUUGAGGCCUUGUCCUGCUCGGACCGCGUGGUGCAGCUCUCCACCCUGAGCUGCCUCCAGCCGCUGCUGCUCGAAGCUCCCCAGAUCAUGAGCCUUCACGUCGACACGCUGGUCACCAAGUUCCUCAGCCUCACCUCCAGCCCCGCCAUGGCUGUCCGCAUCGCUGCCCUGCGCUGCGCCCACGCGCUCACCAGCCUGCCCACAAUAGUGCUGCUCCCCUACAAGGCCAGAGUGAUCCGGGCGCUGGCCAAGCCUUUGGAUGACAAGAAGAGGCUGGUGCGGAAGGAGGCGGUAGCAGCACGGGGGGAAUGGUUCCUGGUGGGGAGCCCGGGCAGGUGAGCGCCCCGCAUCCCCCCCCUGUGCUGGCCGACAAUCUGACGGGGAUGCUGCUGCCCUGCCAAGCCGUGCAACUGACGCCACGGGCACAGCCUCCCUCGGAGCUGGUACUGCCUGGAGCGUGGGGGCCAGCAGACAGCGACACCCCGGCACCCCCCCCCCAUCUUCCCCGCGCCCGCAGGAGGGAAGGACUCGUGCUGCUUGUGGCUUGCCUGCAGCCAGGGACAGUGCUGGACAGACUCGCCCUGCGUGAAGGGAGAGGGCAGGCCUGUGCACACGGGUGCGGUGUGCAGCAACCCCUCUGCAAGAGGAAUAAACGUCUGUUUUGGUAA